GGAGCCAGUGCCCUCUGUCUUAAGAGGCAGCAGCUGUACCAUUACACCAGUGGGUCAUUUUAUUCCUACACCGCUGUGCGCCAGUCAAAAGUACAAUGAAGACAUGGUUAAACUGGUCAUAUUUUCAAAAGUCUUAAAAAAUAUGUUGCUUUCCUCCUCAACAAUAAGCCUAUUAAUCUAAGACACAAAGAAGUGUUUAUUCUUAGUUCAAGUCCUCACAGGUCAGCAACAUUUAUGGGGGGGGGGGUUAUCUUAUUCUGAAAGAAUGUUGCCUUCUGCUCGUCUGUGUAAUCAGUAAUGGUUGGUCCGUUUGCGGAAUAAGCAGAAUUGUUCUUCGCUUUCCGACCCGUUUGCGUGAAGCUUGUGAGGCUCAGAUGACCGAUUCCUUAAUGUCAGCAGCAGAGAUGGAUGUCUGUGUUCAUUCCUGCUUUGACAGGACAUAUGUAUCUUACAGUAGCAAAGGGCCGGCGGCCAUUUUGUUACCCAUGCUCAUGCGAGCAGUGGUGUUUAGAAUAAGGUACAGUAAGCACACCCCCCCUCAGGGCGUGUAAUAAAAAUGAAGGAAAAUUGUGUUCUCAAAAGGGAGAACACAAUGUGAACUACAUGGAGAGGGGGGGGGGGGGGGGGGUGAUGAUGCGGCCCGCUCACAUGACACGGCUGUGACUAUCUGAGGGCCCAUGAAGGGCGUGUGAAAUGUUGGGAGUGGAGCUGUGGUCUGCAGAGCAGCGGCAGACCUCCUCUGGCCUCUCCACCUUGCAGGGACCCGCCUCGCCAUCCUGGACCAUGGGAAGCUGAACAAGAGGAUGUGAACGCGACACGUGGUCUUCGUUCCAAACUGCUGAGGGUCCUGGUGAGGGUAUAACUUUUUUUUAUUUUUAUUUUUUGUAAGAAGACAAGUAGGGGGUUAUCUUCAUCCAUGGGUUCAGCAUUCUCCAAGUUCUGCAUGCGGUGCUGCUGCUACUGCUGCGCUGACAGUGACAGCGACGACGAUGACGAGAAGCAGCCAUUGAUGCCCCCGGAUCCACUGGAUUAUUUCAGCCGGGAGGUCCAGAAACGUCGUGACGAGGAGACCAACCUGUGGAGCGAACCGGGUGACCCCAGCCACUCGGAGAGAGAUGACGACCGGGCGCUCUACUCGCUGCUGCAGGCCCGCAACAAGACGCGCAUGGGAUCCUCCGGUUAUCGUCGCCUGAGCGUGGACAUUGAGGCCAUGCGAGACACUCGCAGAGAAGUCCGCGACAAGUGGAAGACCAUCAUGGAGAACCUUGGCUUCAUGGCGGAGGCCGACUCUCUGCUGACCGUGUCCGCCGGCGCCUCGCUGGACCGCAUGCGUAAUGCGGCGGCGGCGCGCAACCUGCUGCAGACACUCCACUCCGAGACGUCCAUCUUUAGCAGCAGAGAAGCGCCGCCGGAAAGAUACCUCUUCAUCCUGGAUCGUCUGCUGUAUCUCGACAUUGCUGAUGACUUUCUGGCGAAGGCUAAGCGCUUCUACCCGCCACGGGACACGUCGGAUGAGGACACGCCGGGCAGCGCCAUCAACCUGCCGCUGCUGCUGGCCCGCGUGGAGGCCAUGAACGGGGCGGCAGACGAGGGUGACAGCGGCGACGAAGAAGAUGACAGUUCAAGAGGGCGACCGUGAGGGUGCAGUACUCAGAGACACGAGGCAGGGGGCGUUACACGUGAACCCUGAAGGAACCGGAUGCACGGAACCCAGUGAGGUCUUUUGCUGAUAUCUCAAAAGUGCAUGACUUGUUUGGUUCUGGAUGUUCUUAGCUUCAAUUGUUCAAUCUGUGGAGAACCUCCAGGGUUCUGACCGUCCCAUGACGCAUCACAUGACUGAUAAAGCCCCCCAAACAAACUGCUGACUCGCUCUCAAGUGUGUCCACCCUGUGGCUCUGUUCCACUGUUUGUCCCCCUCCCUGUCUGCAGCGACGUGUGCUCAUGUGCUGCUCUUUGUGUGACUUCUGGUGUUUAUCUUCAGCGUGAAAUAAAGUCAUGUGUCCCGUC